AUGUCGCCUGCAGACAAAAUCAAUGAACUGGAUGACCGCCAUAUCAAAAAUGUAAAGCCACUCGUUCCACCGCAAAUCAUUAUGGAGGAACUGCCACUCACUAUCGAGGCUUUGGAAACUGUCGCGAAGGGUCGAAACGACACGGAGGCCAUUUUCAAUAACAAACAGGACCGUCUUGUCGUGAUUGUAGGCCCUUGCUCAGUCCACGAUGCGCGAGCUGGAAUUGAAUAUGCAAAAAGACUGCAUGAAUACGCUGAAACAGCGAAGGAUGACCUUCACAUCAUUAUGCGUGUGUAUUUCCAAAAGCCACGAACGACCGUUGGCUGGAAGGGCUUGAUUAAUGACCCAAACAUCGACGGCUCGUUUCAAAUCAACAAAGGCCUUCGCUUGGCACGUAGUCUUCUGUUGGAGGUGGCCAACAUUGGUCUUCCUGCGGGCACAGAGUUUCUGGAUACUAUUACUCCUCAAUACACGGCGGACCUAGUUUCGUGGGGUGCAAUUGGUGCACGAACGACCGAAUCGCAAGUACACCGUGAGUUAACGAGUGGGCUCAGCAUGCCUGUCGGAUUUAAGAACGGUACAGAUGGUUCUGUAAGGAUUGCUGUGGACGCUAUUCGUUCGUCCUCUAGCUCACACCAUUUCUUGUCCGUCACCAAACAGGGUAUUUCUGCCAUUGUUGAGACAGAAGGUAACGAUAAGUGCCAUGUUAUUCUUCGAGGCUCCAACAAGGGUCCAAACUACCAUCCAGAAGACAUUACGCAAACUCGCACUUCACUUUUGGAAGCUGGACUUCCAGCUCGCAUCAUGAUCGAUUGCAGUCAUGGCAAUAGCGAAAAGAAGCAUGAAAACCAACUGAAGGCGGCUCGCAGCAUUUCAGAUCAACUUGCUAUGGGAGACGAGAAUGCCCAGAGCAUUAUGGGUGUAAUGCUGGAAAGCAACUUGGUCGAAGGCCGUCAGAACGUGCCACCCGAAGGCCCUAACUAUCUCACGUACGGCCAGUCGAUUACUGACGCAUGCAUGGGUUGGGACAUGACUGUAGAGGCGCUGGACAUUUUGCGCGCUGGAGUCCAAGCUCGUCGUGCCAAACUUCCAUCGGGCCCUAGCGAGCCCGUGAACCCUGAUACGAUUCAGUCGCUCGACCCACAACCGGGCUACAACGAUGGGGUACUGGCUUCACUGAGCAAGUAG